GUUGACUACACCUGUUUGUGAUCAUCUAAUUUAGGACAUUAGGCACUCUGUUUGACCCUCAGUUCUUGCGUGUUGUUUGUUCAACUCACAAGCAGUGGAAGCCAUCAGUUGAUUGUUCGCAAAGAACACAGCACGCCAACAUUAUGCCAUUUUUGGACCUGAUUUCAUGGCCUUCAGGCGCCGAUGUUGCUGCCUCAGAGUUUGGUUUCUAACACAGAGCUGGCUGUGCUGCGCCUUUGUGAAGGUUGAUAGGCGGUGAAUUACUCAGAAUGUCUGGACAGACUAGUAACACACCCAAAAGACAGGGGAAGAAGUGAAUGUGUGAUGAUGGACGUGUGAGGGUGACGCGCCUACUUUUGACAGAAACCUUUCCUCUACUUCACACCGGAUGGAACUUGUCGUUUCCUCUUUCCCACCACCAUGACAGAGUGUGUUCAUCAACAGGUUCAACUGGUGUCUUCGAGAAGAACGGAUUAAACAUAUAGCUCAAGAUGCAAGGCACACAUAUACUCAACCUCGCGUGGGUUCUCAUCCUCAGCCUGGUGUUGACGUGCCCCUGCUUCAAAGCGAGCGCGGUCGACCUCAACAUCGACGAUCCUGACGACUCAUUUGUUGCCACGCGACUGACUCCGCAAACCAUCCCAGCAAAUAUCAAACACGUCGCGCGCCAGCUCGCCUGGGAUCUCGUGAGCUUUUACAGCGGCAACCACACCGGCGACGUCCCUGGUAACCUCCCUGAUCCGUACUACUGGUGGGAAGCGGGCGCGUUCUUCGGCACGCUGGUCAACUACUGGACCUACACCGGCGACGACACCUACAAUGCAAUCACCACGCAAGCCAUCCUGCACCAGGCUGGAGAGAAACGCGACUUCAUGCCCAGCAACCAGACCCGCACCGAGGGGAACGACGACCAGGCCUUCUGGGCGUUCACAGCGCUGCAGGCUGCAGAAAACAACUACCCGAAUCCCCCGGGCGAUCAACCUUCGUGGCUGGCCCUGGCGCAGGCAGUCUUUAACCAGCAGGCCGCGCGCUGGGACCUCACCAAAUGCGGCGGAGGCUUGAAGUGGCAGAUCUACGCCUUCAACAGUGGCUAUACCUACCGCAACGCGAUCUCAAACGGAUGCUUCUUCAACAUCGCCGCCCGACUGGCAAGGUACACCGGAAACAGCACCUAUGCGGACUGGGCCAACAAGGCAUGGGACUGGUCCUCGAGAGUUGGACUGAUCGGGCCCCACUUCGAGGUCUACGACGGCACUAGCGAAGGAAACAACUGUUCGGAUCUCAAUCAUGUGGAGUGGACGUACAAUAACGGAGUCUUCCUGCUUGGGGCGGCGCAUAUGUGGAACUACACUAACGGCGAUGAGACCUGGCGACACCGAAUCAUGGGGCUGCUGGAGGCCCAGGAUAUCUUCCUCUCCGAAAACGAGACAGCGAAGAACGUGUUCUACGAGUCCGCGUGCGAGAACUGGGACACCUGCCAGGUGGAUCAAUUCUCCUUCAAGGCGUAUCUGUUCCGGUGGAUGGCCGACACUGUCAAAAUGGCGCCCUUCACGCACGAUCUCAUCCUGGGCCGUCUCCGACCGACCGCGCGGGCGGCGGCCGCCCAAUGUGUGGGAGGCGCGACCGGGACGUACUGUGGAAUGAAGUGGACAACGGGGGUCUACGAUGGGACCAAAGGGGUGGGACAGCAGAUGUCGGCGCUGGAAGCGAUCCAGACCCUGCUCGUCGAGUCGGUGGCGGGGCCCCUUACCCACAAGACGGGGGGCUCCAGCAAGGGGGAUGGGGCGGCGGGCACCACAACCUCGGAUAAGGCCAGGGACCCCAGUGCGCUUAGACCCAUCACUGCCGCUGACCGGGUGGGCGCUGCGGUCUUGACCGGGGUCGUGAUCGCUUUGGUGCUGGGCACCACGUUCCUCAUGAGGCCUUGAUGGUAAUCUAUUGUGUCUCUUAGAGUUUAUUUGUCUCACCAGGAACUUGAGGAAUACGUGAGUGAUCACUGUGUUGAGAGACUUCGCUUGCGCGGUUCUCCAUUAGUUGUGUUUCUGCCUACACCUUUAUCUGUCAAUCUUGAGAGUUUGUUCCAUCACAUGAAGAUUGCUAUUUCGCUUAAGCACACUAUGGGAA